AUUAAAGUGUCCAGAUAAAUUGGUCACUGAUCAUUUCUUAAUUAUUCCUCAUUUGGACAGCGUACCUGCAACAUGGCUGUUUAUAGGAGCUUCUUAGUGCUUGCGUUCGCUGGCUGUGUCCUUUCUGAGUUUGGAGCACCUUUCGAACCUUGUGAUAAGGAUGACAUCAAAUGUCUAAGUGCCGCAACGGAAUCGUUUUUGGAAAAAACCUGCCAUGGGCUUCCUGAUUAUGAUAUUAAAGCAAUCGAUCCCCUGAUCAUACCAGAAUUGAAAUAUGAAGUUGAUCCAGAUAUGGGCUUGUACUUUGAAUUUAAGAACCUCAAUGUCACAGGACUUAAGAACCAACAGAUUUCGGACUUCAGAAUGGACACUGACAAGAAAUCAGUUGUUUUGAAAACGAAAGCAACAUUCAAUAUCGUGGGUGACGUCAAAAUCUCACUGACAAAGCACAACAAAGUAUUCAAUGGAGUUUAUUCAGCCGCCUAUACUGCCCUAGGGAACUCAAAGUAUGGUUACUCACUGGUACAGAAGGGAGAUCUGGAAUACUUUGAAGUUGGACCAGAGACAAACUCUUGCGAAAUCCUUGGAGAACCAGAUAUAAAGCUUGAUUCUAAUCUGCAAAACGUCAUUGACCAAGAUGCCGAUGCUAGAGCAUUGAAGCCUUCCUUUGAGACCAAGAAAGUAACAUUGAGGAAGAACACACUAUGUCGUGUUGUAGAAACCGCCUAUAUUACUGUUAUCCAUAACAUUAGAGCUUCAGCGAAAAUCUACCCGUGCCGUGCAUUUUUCAACAAAAUGUGUAAAUAA